AGCGGAUGAAACGUCUCCUAGUGAAAAAACGAAGGGCGUUCUUAAUUAAAAUUCUGUCCGGGUUCUGUUUCAGGGUGAUAGGGGGGACUGAAAAAAAUUGUUUUAUGUCACUCGAAUCAGGCGACUUCUUAGUCACCUGAUCGGCAUGGGGGUGGCUGUCAAUCGCUUGCCCGUGGGGCCGGCGAAAGCAUAAGUGCCAACAUGGCGGGGAAGAAAGGAGUAAUGGAUCGGGGGCACUAUUGGGUGUGGUUGCUGGCGACUUUACAAGCGGUAUCUGUAUAUGGAACAGAGUUAUCAUCAGAGGCAUGCAGAGAGUUGGGCUUUUCCAGUAACUUGCUAUGCAGUUCUUGUGACCUGCUUAGCCAGUUUGGUUUAAGUGAGCUAGAUCCAUUUUGUAGGAAGUGUUGCCAAGAAGAAGCUCAGCCUGAAGCUAAAAAGCUGUAUUCAGGGGCUAUUCUUGAAGUCUGUGGAUGAAAAUUGGGGAGGUUCCCUCAGGUUCAGGCUUUUGUCAGGAGUGACAAGCCGAAACUGUUCAGGGGACUACAGAUCAAGUAUGUACGGGGCUCUGACCCUGUACUGAAGCUCUUGGAUGACGAUGGGAACAUUGCUGAAGAGCUGAGCAUUCUCAAGUGGAAUACAGACAGUGUGGAAGAAUUCCUGAGUGAAAAACUAGAGCGCCUCUAAAUCUUCUGUGUGUGGGGGGGAAAUUCCCGGUCUUUUUCUCACAUCAUUUUUCAUUAUGGUAAUCUUCUCAGACAAAGUGUGAUAAACCCCGGAAAUCAUUCCAGUUUCUGCAUUAAUUUGAAAGCUAUCCCAUAUUGUGUGGUUCUCAACAUCUUUUAAUUAGAAACAGAAGCUUCAAGCACAGCACAUUUGACAAAUUGGCAGGCUCGACAAAUGGCCUGUCCUCGUACAUUUCAGCUCAUCUUAGUGGAUGGAGAUCAUUAAUGAAAUGCUUUGAGACAAAUGUAAUGCAAAUACUGAAAUUUGUUAUAAUUGGGCUGCCUCUUGUUUUUUUUACUGGCAAGCCUAUUUGUCAGCUCCCAAUAAUUGAGAUGAUUACUAUGCUUUUUUAUAUGCUGCCUCUCUUUGUACAUUGAUGGAAAGUUGGAACCAAAUAAGAUGUACUCUGCCUCCCAAAGAGAUGCUUGCUUGCCUCCCCUGCAUUUUUGUAUUUCCCAGCUGUCCUUUUUUUAUAGAAACAUUAUUUACAAUAUUCAUAAUGAAUGCCUGCUCUCAAAAAAUCAUUUGGAGUCUUGUUUGGAUGGAGGAACUCAUGCUCUGGAGUGAUUGGAGAACACUAGGGAAACGCACGUUAAUGAUGACUACAUGGAAAGCCUUGACAAAAGGCAUGUGUAGGUCUGAUGUCAGGUGUACUUUCUUUAAAUGUUUCU